AUGCCCUCGCUCAACUUCAUGACGGGAGAGGACCCUCUGUCGCUGGAUCGGAUCCGGUCGGUGCUCAUCCGGCUGGAAGAUACGAUCAUCUUCUCCCUCAUUGAACGCGCCCAGUUUGCGCACAACCCCCGCAUUUAUCAGCGCGGGGCCUUCAAGGAGCUUGUCGAUCUGGGGUUUGAGGGGAGCUGGCUGGAAUGGUUCCUCAAGGAGACGGAGUCUUUCCAUGGUGCGUCGCAGUUCCAUACACCUAGAGUCCGUGUUGACGUCCGGUCUUGCGACCACUACCUCCAGCGAAAGCUCGAAGAUACACCAGCAUCAUCCAUCCUAACCAAGAAGCCUCCCUUAUCCACCUCCAGCCCCGAUGAAUAUCCCUUCACCACUGACCUUCCCGAGCCUGUCCUGCAACCCCUCAACUUCCCAAGCAUCCUCUAUCCCAACAAGGUCAACGCGAACGCAUCUAUAUUCUCCUUCUACACCAAUGCAAUUGUGCCCCGGAUUACUCGACGGGCGACGCUCGCACUGUCUGCGAAGAAGCGGGCGAACGGGAUCACGGGGAGCGAGGAGUUUGAGGACGACGGAAACUACGGGAGCGCGGCGACGCUCGACGUCGAGGUUCUGCAGUCGAUAAGCAAGAGAGUGCAUUACGGCAAGUUCGUCUCCGAGUCAAAGUUCCAGGAGAACCCUGCGGCCUUUGUCCCUCAUAUCCAGAAACGGAAUCGGGAGGCGCUUGAGGCGUUGAUAACGAAACCGGAGGUCGAGCAGAGGCUGCUGCGACGGCUAGGCAAAAAGGCGACGACCUAUGCCCAGGACAUCGCUGCGGACGGAGAGGCGCCAGCGUAUAAUGGGCUAAGUCCGGGGAAAGGCGUUAAUGCGUCUAGCAAGAUCGACGUGGAUGGGGUGGUGGACUUGUAUGAGAGCUACAUAAUCCCGUUGACGAAGGAGGUUGAGGUUGACUACCUGCUGAACCGUCUUGAAGGGCUGUCACAACAGGAAAUUGACAGGCUGGCUCAGCCGAAAUCUUUAUAA